UAUGAAUAUUGAUUAAGGUAUCAAAUAAUUCAACGGAGAUGAGAGAUAAUAUAAAACAUCACUAAUCACUUUUGAUUCACUUACACUUUGUCCAUCAAUCAAUAAUAUUGCUGAAUUUUAUCAGAACAAGGAUCUUAAAUCAAUAUAUUUAGAACUCAAGUAGAUAUAUCAAUCAGCUCAAAUAGUCAAUCUUACAGCAUUUGGAAUCACAGUUUCCCAAUUCAUGCAGUUUUUUGAAAGAGUUAAUAAGCAAGAACCAAAUUAUGAUUAUUAACUGCAUAAUUAAUUACGCAACUAUUUCAUAAAGGUCAAAGAAACUAGAGAAUUAAUAUCAUAAUAUACUGGAGUUUAACUAGAUUGUACUCAGAUUGAUUUCAUACUUCAGCAAAUGUUAUUAGGAUAAAACUUGAAUAAUACAUUAUCAUAACCAAAAUCAAAUAGAUCUAAUGAGAAUCCAACCAAUUUAUAUGAUGAGAAAGAUUAAUACUUACAAACUAAAGAUAAUGCAAUCUCUUAACCACGAAAACCCAAUGAAGACUGCUGUUUUAUAUAAUGAAC